AUGCCCAACGACAAUAUAAGCGAGUUAACAGAGUAUCCAAGUUCCAUAGUUACGAUGUGGGUGCUUCUUGAGGGGAAGGCGAGUGCCGUAGAAGUCGACGUUGACCAGAAAAAUUAUAUGACCCGUAAUUUCAACUUAGACCGUCUUAAACCUAUUCUAAAAGAAGAAUUCAGUGAACUUCAAGAUGUUGCUCGGAGUGAAAUCGAAAUUUUCACCUAUAAUGAUCGCACAAAUCCGCUUCCACCAGACACCAAUCUUAGUCUCUUAUCCGAGAAAGUGACAGGUACAUCGCCACUUGUCAUUCGGUAUCCGCUCUCAACAUCGAAUGUCAUUGUUCGUUGCAAUCUUUCAACAUCGUGGUUUAAGUCUAGUUUUCCACAUACUAGUGGGCUUUGGUAUCUUGUCCGUAACAUUGCUAAAUCAAAGUUCCAAACACUGCGAUUGGAAACAGUCCAAUUUAGUUUCAUACAUAAUGAGAAUAAUGGCAAACAACAAAUAGAAAAUGAAUUUCAGUUCAACAAAAUGAUAUCAAAAAUUAAGCCAAACUGUGAGGAUGAACGUGAAGUCAGCAUUUCAAUCCAAGUAACAGGAAGGAAGGCAUAUGGCGAUUGGGAAAUUGGCGAGGCCCUAAAUGAGUUCUUGCAUCAAAAGGGUUCAACUAUGUUCGAUAUUCGAUCUUUUAGUAUAGGUGAUCUUCCGAGACCUAACCCUCCAAUCCCUGAAGAGGCUAUUGCCCAACUUAUUGCUGAGCUUAAAAAAAGGAAGAGUGCAUUUGGUAUUGUCAAUCGAAAUGAAUCGACUUGUCGAGAUCACCCAUAUCCAAGAAGAAGCAAAGGGUUAUUACUUAAAGCCGAAGAGUGGAUCGAUGGGACAAAAGCCUAUGGACCUAUUGAUUACUCGAUUUUUAUUGAAGAAGUGCUUGUUUUAGUCCAAGAAGUUAAGAAAGAUGACUUCGAAAAAGGAACUGCGCAAAAUAUCGCACAGAUUCAUAGUGCCGUAGAGUCACGCAAACGAAGAAUUAAGAUAGACCCGGGAGAUGAAGAAGUUCCUGUUGUAAUGUAUGGAAUCGUUACAAAUGCAUUACAAUGGUAUUUUCUUCGUUGGGCAGGUUCUUCAGAUGAUCCAACCGUUGAAUUGUCCGGACCGCUUACUUGCGAAUUCAAUAGUAACAGUUUGGAACAAGUAAAAAUAAUUCUCAGCUGUAUUGCUUCCAUCCUCCAAUAUCAAGUCCGAGGAUAUGACGAUGACUCAAAACGUACCCUCGCCCAAGAUUUUAUUCAAGAAGUGUCUUCAGGGUUCACAGAUAAGGAAAUCAUCGAAGUCGUUGAUAUACUCACUACCAAUACAACAAUAGAAGUUGAGCUAGCUUAUUUGUUUCUAAAAAAAAGAUUUGAAAUGGGAGUUCAAGAACUUAUGGAUAUAAUAAAACACCUUUCUGGAUUAACUUUGGAAACUUUACGUAAAAGAACCCAAAGAUCUAUAAAACUUUACAAAUUAAUCAAAAAGAUAGGAGUUGAUAAGAUUAAGAAUAUCAAGACAUUCAGUGAAAAAGUGAGACCAAAAGUCCCACUUGAGCAGAAUGGCGUUGUCAAUCAUAUAUCUAAUACAGAUUCUACUAAUAUUAUUAGCAGAGCUGACAUGACCAAGAAGACCUCACCAAUAGCUCAGGCAAGUGCACCAUCUAUAUUUGAACCAGAAGUCGAUGUAAGUAUAUCUCCUGUUUCUGUCAAUUCGAAAACCAAGAUAAGUGUGGGUUCUACAUCUAAAACUGGAAAAAAAGCUUUAUCCAAGAAGACCCUAUCUGAAAAGCAAAAUAAUUCAGCAUAUACCU